AGUUAGGGCAGAUCAACAAAAACCAUUAUGCGACGCCUUGGCUCUGUCCAGCAAAAGAUCCCAUGCGUUUUCUUAACCGAAGUGAGAGAUGAACCAUCCAGAAAACGCGAGUGUCAGUUGUUUCAGGUAGUAGCGACAGAAAAUUUGAAUCCGAUAGCACUCAACGCAGACGUUUACAGCGCACUUGCAACGGAGAAAGUCGAUGGCACUUGCUGCUAUGUCACAACCUAUAAAGGAGAGCCAUACCUCUGGGCUCGCUUGGAUAGGAAACCAACGAAGCAAGCGGACAAGAGGUUCAAAAAGUACCAGUAUUCUCAGAAGAGUACUAAAGGUUUCACUUGGAAUGUAGACGAGGAUUUCAGAGCGGUGCCUGACUCUUGGAUCCCAGCUCACGGCGUCCAACAUCAAAACGGCCAACCUGUUCCAGAUGAACACGGACACAUCCCAGGAUGGGUCCCAGUUGACAACGAAAACAAACAGUAUUGCUGGCAUGCCUCUGUGGUAAACUACGAAGCAGGGGAAGCUCUAGUUCUCAGGCCACAUCCAGAGGAUGAGGAUUUGCUUGAAAUCAUCAAUGUUCCGUUGUCCGAGCUCAUGGAGCAAACGCUGGAGCUCAUUGGAACCAAUGUUAACGGCAACCCGUACAGUUUGGGCAGUAAGAAACAUCUGAUCCACCUUCUGGUGCCCCACGGCGUGCUGAGGAUUAGGAACGCUCCACUGGUAGAGUACCAGGCGCUGCAUUCCUGGUUUCAGGGAUGUCACGAAGGACGCGUGGAGGGAAUAGUUUGGCACUGUAAUGAUGGGACUCUGGUGAAGGUUCAUCGUCAUCACCUGGGCUUGAAAUGGCCUAAUGGAGCUACGGUGCUUGCCACUAGGCCUGUGGUUAUCCACGUGGAAAAGUCCGACAACGACAGCAAAGACUCGCAGAAAUCUUUAUUUACAGUUCUCUCAAGGUUCAGCGGACAACAUUUCAAUUGUAUUCAGGACAUCCAGUUUGAGGCCUGAUCAAGAGGAC